AGAAGAACUUCAGACUUAUUCAAAAAGAAAAAAACUCCCAAUGGCAACGGCAGCGAUCGAGACAAAGCAAGCUGAAGCGGCAGCAGGAGACGAGAUGUGCACUGCAAAGACGAUGAAGCAGGGAGAAGGUCUCAGACAGUACUACCUUCAACAUAUACAUGAUCAUCAACUCCAGGUUCGCCAAAAGACUCACAAUCUUAAUCGUCUCGAAGCUCAGCGUAAUGAUCUCAAUUCCAGAGUGAGAAUGCUUAGAGAAGAACUACAACUGCUUCAAGAGCCUGGAUCAUAUGUUGGAGAGGUGGUAAAGGUUAUGGGAAAAUCGAAAGUUUUAGUCAAGGUGCACCCAGAGGGGAAGUAUGUUGUGGAUAUCGAUAAGAACAUUGAUAUCACAAAGAUCACGCCGUCAACCAGAGUUGCUCUUCGUAAUGAUAGCUAUGUACUUCACUUAAUCUUGCCCAGCAAAGUAGAUCCUCUGGUGAAUCUUAUGAAAGUUGAAAAGGUUCCUGAUUCAACUUAUGAUAUGAUUGGUGGUCUUGACCAGCAAAUCAAAGAGAUCAAGGAGGUCAUUGAGCUUCCUAUCAAACACCCUGAAUUAUUUGAGAGUCUUGGAAUUGCUCAGCCUAAGGGAGUUCUGCUUUAUGGGCCACCUGGUACUGGGAAAACACUGCUGGCAAGGGCAGUAGCUCAUCAUACUGAUUGUACGUUCAUCAGGGUUUCUGGUUCUGAGUUAGUUCAGAAGUAUAUCGGUGAAGGUUCUAGAAUGGUCAGAGAGCUUUUCGUUAUGGCCAGGGAACAUGCUCCGUCAAUCAUUUUUAUGGAUGAAAUUGACAGCAUUGGAUCUGCUCGAAUGGAAUCUGGGACUGGAAAUGGUGACAGUGAAGUACAGCGGACAAUGCUGGAGCUUCUCAAUCAGCUGGAUGGGUUUGAGGCCUCAAACAAGAUUAAAGUUCUAAUGGCUACAAAUCGGAUUGAUAUUCUGGAUCAAGCACUCCUUAGGCCUGGAAGGAUUGACAGGAAGAUUGAGUUCCCAAACCCUAACGAGGAGUCCCGUUUUGAUAUCUUAAAAAUACACUCGAGAAAAAUGAACUUGAUGCGUGGCAUUGAUCUGAAGAAGAUUGCAGAGAAAAUGAAUGGUGCAUCUGGUGCAGAACUCAAGGCCGUGUGCACAGAAGCGGGGAUGUUUGCUCUGAGAGAAAGGAGAGUCCAUGUGACGCAGGAGGAUUUUGAAAUGGCAGUGGCCAAAGUCAUGAAGAAGGAGACAGAGAAGAACAUGUCUUUGAGAAAACUAUGGAAGUAGUUCUUUUCUUUCUAUUUAUUUUGGUGGUUUGGAGAGGAUGAUUCACUGUUUUCAGAAAGGUACAAAACAUAGGCAUCCGUUAAGAUCCGACAUCCUGUUUAUUGUAUUAAGUUGAACUACAGAUGACAAAGAUAUUCAGUUUCAACUCUUUGAGAUCAUUAUUCAGUUUCAA